CCACUGAAGAAAAAGGAAAAAAUGCUGAUUAUUAAAACAAACAAGUCCUUGUUUGAUUGGACAACUUUAUACACAUGGAGUUUGUACAAAAUACUAGCUAAUGUUCCAGUGGGACGUGAGAUCCAUCAUUCAUUGUUUGGAAUAUAUAAUUUUUAAAAUGUGAUCCAUUUACAAAUCCAUUAUGUACAUAUAUCCGGUCUUAUGCUUCGGCUGAAGCUGCUGGGCAUGGUUAAGGUCUCUUUUAAAAAAAUGUUGUCUUUUAUAUGAAAAAUAAAACAUUUCUGCACCUAACUGCACCUUAUUGUGUCCAUUGCAUGAGCAAUGACUUGAACAGAUGCAUAUGUAAAUUCUAAUGCAUCCAUCAACUUGCCUAAAUGAAAAAGGAGCUGAUGACCUCGAAUGGGCCAUUGGCAUCAUUUGAGUCCGUCCUGUUGAAUUAAUCACAUGGACCAUGCAUAUUGAACUUCACAUAAAUUUAUUGAAAAAAGAGAUCAAACAUCUUGCAGAUUGAUGGAUCAUAUCCAUCAUCAAAUAAUCCUUUAUCUUGUGUAAGUUUUUUUUUUUUUUUUUUAAUCUAAAGAAAUUAUUUGGAGCAAGCGUGUGUAAACAUGUCGCAGUUCUCAAUCCAUUAGAUAGCUGUACACGCAGUUUAUUUACAUAUGUCGAAUAAUCCACUGAACUUGAGAGAUUACGUUUUGUAUAUCUUUUCCUCUCAAAGUAAUAUGGAAUGGAGCAGGAACGUAUAGAGCCUUACAAACAAUUCCAUAAUUUGAGUUCAAUAUUAGAAUAGAAUGGAUUAAAGAGAUAGAACUGGGAGAAGUCUGAUAAAAUAUCCAAGCAAGUACAUAAUCAUAGAGCUUUACAAAUGAUGUAUACCGUAACUUGUGUUCAAUAUUAGAAAAGAAUAGAUUAAGAUAGUAGAUCAAAAUAAGUGUGUGAUCAAGCUGAGAUAUCUUGCACCAAAGCAAUAGAUUCCAUCAACUCUCUCAGUCGGUUUAUUUUAGAUCAAAGAAUGCGAAUUAACGAAUCUUAGGAGAAGUUUCUGUGCAGUUUCUGGUCAUAAGUCGCUGUAUAUAAUAGUACAGGUUUCAUCUAUUACAGCUCAAAUACUUCUUUUCCGGUCUAUAUUUCAGCAACACGACCGGGCAAGGUUUCUCCAAGGUCAAUGAUAUCUGCUUCCUGCUUGUGUGGUGAUGAUCUACAGCUGAUCAGCUGAACUCUUCUGAAUGGACGGUAGGUGAUUGGACUUGGCAAUGGGGGGAAUCCGAGAUAAGCGUACCCUGUGUGACGUUCCGCUAUAGCCGGCGCUGGCCGGUUAGAAACCAGCGCCUUAUUCCACCGCAAUCAUAGCCGUCGAUUAUCCACUUGAUUCCUUCUGUUGUAUCCGACGUCUGACGAUGAUUAGCCCAACUCGCGUCGCGCUGUUCAGGACGAAGCAGCAGAUUCGAAGGAGAUCCAUUGCAAAUUACGCAAAAGCCCUUUGAUUUCGAUCUCGCAGGGGCGAUUUGGUAAUUCCGGGUCCUCCAUGAAUCAGGUGCCAUGUUUGACCGAACGGGGACAGGUCCACGUCUACGGCAGCAACGCCGUAAGGUGACGAACCAAUGAUUUGCUUCCACGUGUUCUUGACGUUAUGUUCCGUACUAUCGGGGUCGUCGGCCACAAGCUGAAAGCCUAAAACGCGCAAGCGGUUCCGCCGUUGAAUCCAGCGCUCAAAUCCAUUCCAACCUUUCUUCCCCCCAGCCCUCUUAUUCUCGGUCUCUGGAUGUCGGUCGGAGAACCGCUCGGUGACUCGUGGUCUCCCAGUCACCGCGACUUGUCUUCUCCCCCACGUCUCCCCUCCUCCUCUUUCUAGGGUUCCGUCGUCUUCGCCCCUCGAUCCGCGAGGAAGUCGGGUAAAAACGACGGAAGAGAUUUUGAGAGACCUAAUUUUUUUAUUUUUUUUCCCCCAAGUAAUUCGGUUACUUGAUCUCCAAUUUCUAAUUCCUUGCUAGAAUUAGACGAGAAGGUCCGAUUUUCAGCCCUCCUGGUUCUCAAAGAUUGGAUUUUUAUUUCGAUUUGGAUCUGGAGUUUCUUUGGCCUUUAUCUACUUGAGGUCUUUGCUCUGAGGUCAUGUCGACGGCGUCGUCGUACUGGUGCUACCGGUGUAGCCGCUUCGUAAGGGUGCGGCCGGAGGACGCCAUCGUCUGCCCCGACUGCGAGGGGGGGUUCCUCGAGGAGGUGGAGACCCCUCCCCGACUCGCGGCCGCCGCGGCGGUGGAGACCCGCCACCGGCGGUUAACUGCCGGCGCCGCUGCCCCCAACCGCCACUCUGACAUGCGGAUCCGCCGCCGCCAGCGCGCCUCCGCCGGCGACCGCUCCCCCUUCAACCCCGUCAUCGUCCUCCGCGGGCCCUCCGACGGCGGCGGCGGUUCCGAUUCGGAUCGCGCGGCCACCGGCAGCUUCGAGUUCUACUACGACGAUGGGUCCGGCUCCGGCCUCCGCCCCUUGCCCUCCAGCAUGUCGGAGUUCCUGAUGGGGUCGGGUUUCGACCGCAUCCUGGACCAGCUGGCACAGAUCGAGAUGAACGGGGUCGGUGAUGGGCGCGGGUGCGACCACCCGCCGGCGUCCAAGUCCGCCAUCGAGUCGAUGCCCACCGUCGAGAUUGUCGCCAGCCAUAUCAGCACCGACUCCCACUGUGCUGUCUGCAAGGAGCCGUUCGAGCUCGGUGUGGAGGCCCGGGAGAUGCCUUGCAAGCACAUCUACCAUCACGAUUGCAUCUUGCCAUGGCUAUCCCUCCGGAACUCGUGCCCUGUGUGCCGCCAUGCGCUGCCUUCGGAUGUUCCUAGGAGGAGCUCGCCGGAAUUGGAUGGCACCGAGCAAUCCCCUGUUCCUGCUAACGACGAUGAUAUGGUCGGCCUCACAAUUUGGAGGCUCCCAGGUGGUGGCUUUGCAGUUGGGAGGUUCUCGGGUGGAAGGCGAGCCGGGGAACGCGAGCUUCCUCUUGUUUACACGGAGAUGGAUGGUGCUUUCAAUGCGGAGGGUGCGCCGAGAAGGAUUUCCUGGCCCUCUCGAGGGACUCGGUCGCGGGAGAGCGGAGGAAUUCGCCGCGCGUUCCACAGUUUCUUCUCCUUCUUCAGACGCAUGCGGCCUUCCUCUUCUAGAUCCAAUUCGGAUUCUGGGCCGUCUUCUUCGCUCAGAAGCCGGAGUGGCUCACUUACCAUGAAUUGGCGGAGGCGCCCGGGUUGGGCAUCAGAAGAUGGACAUGGGAAUGCAAUAGCAAGGUGGUAAUGGAGACCCGGAGCAGUGAGAAAACUUGCUUUUUUUUUGCUUCUUCUUCUUCUGUUUUCUUCUCUGGGCUCUCAUCUUAGUUCAUCUAAUUGCUCCUAUUUCCAUCGGAGGAGCGGAAGAGCAUUUGUAAAAAGCUGAAGCUCGGUUAUGUUCUACUUCCACUGUAAAUAGAACAGAAAUGGAAAAAUUUGCGGCGCUGCUUGGUUUCAGUAUCUUUCGAAGCUGCUCCUUGUGGAAGACAAAGGGAAGAAGUUGUGUCUGGGAUGCGCGUCGGAAGUUAAGAAGGCUUAGGCCAUCAUGUACCAAACUUAUUGCAAAUGUUAUGGAUCAGAGAUUCAUUAUUACUACUGUUUUUUGUUUUUUUUUUAUUUCCUUAAGUGUAAAAGUUGCCCCCCUUUUCCAAGCUUAUGUUGGCGCAUCAUCCAUCUUUCAUGUAUGAAACUUUUGAGUUACAUGCACCCUUCAUUAUACAUGGAGUAUUGGAGAUCUAUCUAUCUUCUCUCUCUAGCAUUGUUUUCA